UAUUACGUAAUAAAAUCCCCUCCCUUUUGAUUCUACAUAAACGCAAUUCGAUUCCAUGUAUUAACAUACGAUAGAAAGACGCAAUUAAGAAAGAGUGCGAUUUUAUUAAAUUUAGCAAAAGGACAAACAUAUAAACAUCUUGUUCAUAAUUUUUCAAAAGAUAUAAUCAUGACAGAUCAACGAUUAGAUUUUGUAAUAUUUGGAGCUACUGGAUUUACAGGAAAAUAUGCUGUAAAAAUAGCAGUACAAUUAGCUGUAGAAAAACAAAUGAAAUUUGGAGUGUCUGGACGCAGAAAACAAGCUUUAGAAGCAGUUGUUAAAGAAUUUGCUUCUAAUAUUGAUGAUGUGCCUAUAUUUAUUGCUGAUUUAAAGGAUGAAGAAUCAUUGAAAAAAAUGACAUCACAAGCAAAAGUUCUUAUUAAUUGUUGUGGUCCAUAUAGAUUUUAUGGGGAACCUAUUAUUAAAGCAUGUAUUGCUACACAUACUCAUCAAAUUGAUGUCAGUGGAGAACCCCAGUAUAUAGAAUAUAUUCAAUUAAAAUAUAAUAAAGCUGCAGAAGAAGCUGGUAUCUAUAUUGUAAGUGCAUGUGGAUUUGAUAGUAUACCAUGUGAUCUUGGUAUAAUUUUUACACAACAAAAAUUUGAUGGUGAAGUCAAUUCUAUUGUAACUUAUUUAAAUUUAUGGUCAACUUCAAAAAUCAAUGGUGCUACCUUAAAUUAUGGAACAUAUGAAUCAGUUAUUUAUGGUAUAGCCAAUUCUCAUGAAUUACGCGAAUUGCGCACUAAACUUUAUCCUGAAAAAUUACCUGAAUUAUGGCCAAGGCUUAAAACAAGGGGUUUCAUUCAUAAAUCUUCUCUAUCAGAAGGAUGGUCUAUGAUAUUUCCAGGAUCUGAUCGUUCUGUAGCUCUGCGUACUCAACGAUUUUUAUAUGAAAAAUAUAAACAACGACCAGCACAAGUUCAAACUUAUUUUACACUUAAUUCUCUUUUUGCAGUAUUAGCAACUACUAUUUUUGGUUUCAUAUUUUUAAUGUUAUCUAAAUACGAAUUUGGUCGUAAUUUAUUAUUGAAGUAUCCUACAUUUUUCUCUGGUGGAUAUAUAGGCUAUGAAAUGGCUAAACCAGAAGAACUUGAUAAAAUUAAGUUCUCCAUUACAUUUAAGGCAGAAGGAUGGACUGAAAAAUUAGUUGAACCUACUGAUAAGCAUAAAGAUCCACCAAACAAGGUAUUAAUUACCAAAGUCAGUGGAACUAAUCCUGGAUAUGGUGCUACAUGCACAUUUUUAUUGCUUUCUGCUAUAACAAUUCUCAAAGAAUCAGAUAAAAUACCUGUAAAUGGAGGAGUUUUAUCCCCUGGUGCUGCUUUUGGUAAAACAUCAUUAAUUGAAGAAUUAAUUAAAAAGGACAUAAAAUUCGAGGUUAUUUCUUCUAUUGAAAAAUAAAAUAUUUGAUGCAUUUACAGGUAUAACUUCGUUCUAAUAUGAUAAAAACAAAAAUAUAGUAAAUCGAAAUAUUAUAUUUUUAUUUUUGUUUCAUAAUUAUAUUUAAAUUUGAUAUUAAUAUUUCUAUUUUUACAAUUAAUUAAUAUAUUCAAGAAAUUUUUUUAUAAGAAUAUUUUUUAUAAGAAUGUUUUUAUUUUUAUAACUAUAUUUAAAACACUUUUCAAAUAAUUGAAAUUUUUUUAAAAUAAUUUUAAAAAUUAAAUGAUAAAAAUAAUAAGCUUGAAUUUACAAAGAAAUUACUUCGAAUUCCUCUUAUAUAUGCUUGAAAUAUAUAAAUAAUAUAUGUAUGCGAAAAAGACGCAUAUUUGUGCUACUAGAAACUAACAGAAAGGGUUUACAGGUUUUAAAAAAACACAGAAUAUAUCUAUAUAUCUAAAAAUGCAUUUUUUUUUAAUAGCUAUUAAAACUAAUUUAUAUAUAAUUUUUUUAUAAAUAUUAUAAUUUAAUAUAUAAUAUUAUUGCUUAUUAUUCUUAAUAAUAAAUAUAUUCUUAAUAAUACAAAUUAUGUAAAAUAUUUAAUCCGUUUACAUUUUCAAAAAUGUAUAAUUAUACAAUUACAUUAAAUAAAAUAUGUAUUUAUAUUAA